AUGUUCGAUGAAGAUAACACAUCUGUUGGUGCUCUUCCAAUUCUGACAUCAUUCAAGUCAGUACAAAAACCCUCCUCUUCCAAACCGGUAUAUGAUUUCGCUAUUUUCUCAUCCUCCUCUAAACAAGAAGAAGUAACACAAGUUGAUGCUAAUGAUCAAGGCAUUCAAGGGAAUGAAGCUGAAACCAAUCCAAGAAAUCAAGGCAGCAAAACCAAGACAAAUACCUCUCCUUCUAAAUCACUUGAUGUCAAUGAUUGUGAUUAUAAUGAUAACAAUUCUGAGAGUUCUACCUCGGACACCUGA